GUUCAAAAUUACAAUUGAAAAUAAUUAAAAACACUUAUGUGGCUAGAACUGAAUUAUGAGACUAAAUUACCUUAGGUAAAAAAAAAAGCUAAUUUUGAGGUUUUCAUUUACCCUAGCUAGAACUGAAACAUUUCACAGAACUCAGAAGUAGAGGCAUAAGGUGUUUGAAAAAUGUCCAAAGAGAAAAAAGGCAGAUUCCAUCAUCAAUAAUCUUCUUCCUUGAUUCCCAUUGGCAUUGUAUGAUGCCACCUGAGAGAAGAAAGAGUGGUCGUCAAAGGUUACCUAUUGAUCGACUUAGCAACCUUCCAAAGAAUGUUAUCAAUUCCAUCCUGAUGCGUUUGCCUUUGCAAGAUGCUGUAAUGACAAGCAUCUUAUCGAAGAAAUGGAGGUAUAAAUGGUGCAGACUUCCACAGUUGACACUUGAUGAUGACCUUUGGGAGGAGACACAUGACUUACUAUCCCCUUCUAUUAAGUUUACAAAAAUUAUGUACCAGAUUUUGACCCUUCAUUCAGGACCACUUACUAAGUUUACCCUCUCCAUUUCUGCACUGAGAAAGUAUCUUAAGAUUAACAGUUUGAUAUAUUUCCUCUCUAGGAAUGACAUUCAGGAUCUUGUUCUUAAAUUUUCGGAGUGGAACCGAUACAGAUUGCCGCCUUCAUUUUUCACGUGUUCUCAGUUGAGGCAUUUGACUCUCCAAAAUUGUGUAAUAUGCCCUCCACCAGCCUUCAAAGGAUUUGAUAUGUUAAAUAGCCUGAACCUGUGUGAUGUGACUAUUUCUUCCAAAUUACUAGAAAGUUUAAUCUCUUAUAGCCCCUUGCUAGAGAAGUUGGUGUUGAAAAUCUCAGAUACUUCAGACCACCUUCAAAUUAACGCUCCCAAUUUGAGAUCCUUCGACUUCACAGGCUGCAUAAAAUAUAUUUCUUUAAGGAGUGUUCCUCUUCUUUCUAAACUUUCUCUUCCAUGUCAAAAAUCUAUUGAGGAAUCAGAAAAAUGUGAUUUUGACAAAUUUUUUCAGUUACUCUCUGCUCUUGAGCAUCUCUACUUGGCAAAUGGAAGUGACCAGUUCUUGGUUACAGGUGCAGCUGAAGUCCCAAGAAGACUUUCCUCUCCUCUUAACUAUCUUAAACGUUUUAACAUAACUCUGUGGAGAUUAGCUGAUUUUUCCAUUGCUCUUUGCUUGAUACGAAGCUCCCCGUACAUACAAGAUAUUGAAAUGGAGGUAUAUUGCUCGAGGGAUUAUUUAUCAGAAAAACUUGAGGCCUCUAAUGAAGUUGAUGAAGUUCUCGCAAGUUUCUCAGAUGUGACAUUGAAUCACCUUAGGACAGUUCAGCUUGAAGGAGUAGAAGGCAUAAAGCUCGAAUUGCAGCUUAUCAAGCUUCUAUUGACCAAAUCUCCGAUGCUGGUGAAAAUGCUAAUUGAUCCAUCGAGUGGUGAUAACUAUGAUGCAAGAAGAGACAAGAUACUAGCAGCAACAACAGUUCAGCGGGCAUCAAGUAAAGCUAAUGUGGUUGUAUCUGAUAAGUAUGAAUAUUAUCGAGACACGACCCCAUAGUAUCUGCUUGUUUUUUGCCUGAUCGAUGGAGAGAGUUGAAAUUCGAAUUUCUUGUUUGUAAUCAUUACAGUGCUAAGGGUUUACAUUUCAUUCCUUUUCUUGAAUGAUCCAUGAAAUGAAACCUGGAUAUGAACCUACACUAUGGUUGUUUAUUUUCAAAGAACUGUGAUUUAUUGUGAUA